CUCUCCCAGAGGAGUUUAGGCACAGAGGGAGCUUACUGCUGACAGAGAGGCAGUGGGAGAAAGACAGGGAAUAAUACAGUGAAUACUGAUCACUGCCGCAAACGUAGGGACAGUCCUGUGGUACAGAGGUACCACGGUCUGGAAAGGGACGAAGAAGAAAGGACAAAAGGAAAGAGAAAGACUGACUGGAGAACAGCAUUGUACAAUGUAAGGCAGAAAUAAUAGAUGAGCACAGGACAUUAAGAGGUUAGAAGAAAGACUAAAGAGACAAACUUGACGAAAGAAAAAAAGAGACAACUUGACAAAACUAAGAUACCAUCACACACACACACACACUUCAGAAGAAGAACAUCCACACACUGAAACAGGGGCAGGAGAUAGAAGAAGACGAUAACUGCAAGGACUCUUAAAAAACUCUUACCAGUUGGAUGACAAAACCUGAAAGAUGCAAAAUAAUUCUUCAAUACUCCUCAAUACAUAAGAGGAAGAAAUAAGAGACAAAAGAGAAGCAAGCAAGAAACAAAAAGGGACAGAAAGAAGAGCAGCAGCAGCAGGAGGAGGAGAAAUAAGAAGCAGAAGAAGCACACAGAGAAGAAAAGAGGAACUAGGGAACGAGGGACCCAGACUAACCCUGGAGUAUCUAACCAGUGCUCUGCUCAGCCCAGCAGGGAAGAUGUCCAAGUCCUCCCCACGCCUGGGUCGACCCGGAUCAGCGGGGUCUAAGAGCCCCAGCUCGAGAAAGGAUCCGCAGAGUAAUCGCUCAUGCAUGCUGCGGAUUGGAGAAAGGCUGAUGAGGGCAGGCAGUGAGGGAAACCUGGUCCAGAGACCCAUACCAGCCCAGAGCCAGAGCCAGGCGUCCUCCGAUGGAUUAGGGCACGGAUCGAAUGGACAGACACAACCUCCAGUCCAGGAGGACAAACUCCCUGAGCAGACAGGAAAUAGCUCCAGAAAAGAUCCCGGAAACUCCCAAUCCAGGGUAUCUUCUUGUUUUCCUACUGCUGUGGACAGCAGCACUGAGCGUCUGCUGCACAAGAAACCGCACGCCAGCAGCAGCGCGAUCUGUAACCCGGACUUCUCAUCCUGUGGUUCAGCUCCACGCUCUACCAGCACCUUACCUCGGAGCUACUUCACCGCUGCUCACGCCAGCUGCAGGGACAAACAGCUGGAUAGCCUCAUGAUGCAGCACUCGGACGUGGAGAGGAAGAAGGAGGUGUUCCUGGACCACCUGAGGCAGAAGUAUCCUCACCAUGCUGCCAUUAUCAUGGGACACCAGGACCGCAUGAGGGAACAGGCGAGGAGCCCCCCCUGUGCAGGUGUACUGGGCACGGCGGAGCAGCAGGACCCUCUGGCUUCAGAGACCAUGUCUGAGGGAGAGGUGCUGCCCCCCACAGUCCCCUUUACAAGGGGCUGUAAAGCCAGAGCAAGUCUACCUGUGGGCCGGUCAAGUGGUCAGACAAGAGAGAGGCCGCCUGGUGUGUUGUACCUGCAGUAUGGGGAGGAGACUAAGCAGGUCAGGAUUCCCGCUGAGAUCAGCAGUCCGGACGCGUUGCGGGCUCUGUUUGUCACCGCCUUCCCUCAUCAGCUGACCAUGAAGAUGCUCCAGUCUCCCAACAUGGCCAUCUACAUCAAAGACACCAGCCGCAACGUCUACUACGACCUGGAGGACAUGAGAAACAUCACAUCCUACUCCUGUCUCAAGGUUUAUCAUAAAGACCCAGCACAUGUGUUCAACCGCCAUGCCCGGCCGGCCAACACAGAGGGAAGGAUCUCCAAAGAGAUUUUGUACGGCAGUCACAGUCCAGUCCAUGCCCUGUCGUCGUCCAGCCGCAGCACCCUGCACAGCCUGCAGGGCUCCAUGUCCCCACCCAUGGUCCGCUCCAUGCCCUCGUCUCCCUCCAGGAUGGCGUACGGUGGAGGUAGCACAGGGGGGAGGGCAGCGAUCGGGGAUCCAAGCAGCGUCACGUUACCACGGGAUCGCCUGUCAGCAGCCGGGAGAUCCAGCUCCCUCUGCAGCAGCAGCAGCAGCGCCAUACUGGAGAGAAAAGACGUCAAGCCCGAUGACGUCGGCAACAGUAAGAGCAUGGCCCUGGUGGUGCGCGGCGAAGGUGGACCACAUUACCCAGACUCCUACUGCUCCUCCAUGCAGGACGGAGGAGGAGGUCGCCUCAGCAUGACCUCCUCCCAGUGUAGCGCUCCACCCUCUCUCACUGCUGACAUGGUGGACGCCGGGGUCACGGGGAUCCCCGGUGGGCUGCAGCAGUACCGGGCCUCCGUUAAACCCCUGAUGGGCUACGGAGAGAGCCUGGAGCACCAGACCCGCUCCCUCCACAGGCAGAAGAGCAGGAAGUAUGGAGACAGCCAGCUUCCUCCACUGGGAACUAAAACCCCGCCCCCUUCCCCUCACAGAGUCAACGAAGUCAGGAUGAUUGACGGACAGGUCAUUGGAGGGGUGGGCCUGGUUUCUACAGAGAGGAUGUCCCCAAUCCGCCGGUCCCUGCGGCGGGACAGUAACGGAGCCCCAGUGGAGAUUGUAAACAGAAGCAGAGGAAGUGGCUCGUCGUCCUCGCCCUCAUCCGUCUUUAUGGACAGCCCUCUGGGACAACCUGAGAGACUGUUUCAGGGUCAUGUGACCGGCAGCAACGCCCAGAGUGAGAGAAUGAAAGCCAUGGAGCAGCAGAUAGCCAGUCUAGCAGGUCUGGUGCACAGUGCUCUGUCUAUGGGACCGGAUAUUCCAGGAGUCAAGGACGCUGUCAGUGAGAAUGCUGAACGCAAACUUCUCAGCAACAGACCUGGGAUGUCAUCUGAGCCUGACAGCUUCAGCCCCGCCCUGCUGGCUCUUCAAGCCCCUCCCUCUGACAGCGGGCUGCAGCAGAGCUUGGUGAUAGCAAAGAGAAAUGUGUGUGAGCUGCGACUGCAACUCAACCAGCUCAGAGACUUACAGCUGUCGAACCAGGAGAGCGUGGGUUCGAUGCUGCGGAUGGCAGGUCAGGAGCUGGUGGUGCUGAUGUACGACCGGCUGGCUCAGUCCGAGGAGGCAGCGUACAGACACAGAGCUCAGAUGGAGGAGGAGAGGAUCCUCUACCUGGCUACAGAGGAGACUAUACUCACACAGCUCAGUGAACUGGAGGACUAUGUGAACCAUUUGCAACAUAGCUCCGCCUCCAGUCCCGAAAAGCUGUCAGUCACUCUGAGAGACGUGGAGGAGGGAGCGGUCAACCUGCGCAGGGUUGGAGAAGCUCUGGCCGUUCUUAAAGGUGAGUAUCCAGAGCUGCAGGGGAAGAUGCGCUCCGUGCUGAGGCUGGAGGUGGAGGCCGUGCGUUUCCUGAAGGAGGAGCCUCACAAGAUGGACUCCAUGCUGAAGAGGGUCAAAGACCUGACUGAAGGCCUCAGUCGUCUCCGCAGGUAUGUGUCAGAGUCAGCCAGCCAAGCCAGACCAGCCCACGUGGAGCCUGUAAACAUCCUACAAACUGAACCGGGCACCUUGAAGACCCAGAGCCCCCAGAGCUCCCCCAAACCCCAGCCUCGAUCCUCGGUCAGACCUCCUCUGCCCACCCCCUCCCUCUCUGGCAGUCAGGCGGGCUCAGUCUCCCCCGUCACGGCCCGCAGAAUGAACACAGCAGCAGCCACAGUGAUCCAGCCCUCCCAGCACCACCCCAGCCCCCCACUGAAACCCACUCAUGGACGAGACUCACCCACUGUGGCCAAGGUGAGUCCUCGCAGCAGAGAGGGCAGCCCUGCCCUGCAGAGGAGACCGGGGCCUCUGCAGUCACCAACACAGGAGAGCCCCGCUGACCGGACCACCGUGAAACACUCACAGACACAUACUGGGGCUACAGAGAGACAAACUCCAGUGGGCAGUCUGAGUGUAGAAACCGACAGUACGAACCACUCUAGCACCAGCCAAGCCAAGCAGUCAGCCAGCUGUGACACCAGUCAGCCUCCACCCACCGACACCAACACAGACUGUGACCAGGUCCUCCAGGAAGCCCAGGCCAGCCUGAUUAUGUCCAUCCCUGAUCUGAAUGUGUCCGAUACCAGAAAGGGUUGCUCUGAUUCUGCCUCAGGACAGAUCACCCCCACUGCAUCAGAGUCAGAGCAGGACACGGCUCUGGACCCGACACUGCAAGCCUCAGUGGAGCAGCAGGCACUUCUGUCUGAUUCCCAGGAAGACACACCUCCGCAGCUGAGGGAUGAGGUGGACUCCACCCAGUUACAACCCCCAGACACAGCUCCAGCAGCAGCCUCACAGCUUCCUGCAGCCGCCGUGAAGCCUCCUCCCUCAGCUCCUCUAUCAGCUUUUCCAUCAUCUGGUACCUUAGCUCCUCCAUCAGCUGCUCCAUCAGCUUCUCUCUUAGCUUCCCCAUCAGCUCUUCCAUCAGCUUCUCCCUCAGCUUCCCCAUCAGCUUCUCCCUCAGCUUCUCCCAGCAACAGGCGGCCACAGGUGGAGAAACCCCGUCGCACCAGUGUGGACAAGGAGAUGAAGCAGAGCCCAGACAGGGCCGGCAAGUCUCCUCCUCCUCCUCCUCCUCCACGAAGGUUCCAUGCUGUCAAUUCAGGUCUGACCACAGGACGGUCAGGAGAGGUGAUUUUCACCACCAGGAAAGAGCCGGUUGGAGCCCAGGAUGAGGGUGAGAAAGAGCCGCCCGUGGUUCCUCAGCCCAAACCCCUAAGACAGCCACCAGAGGUCAAACCCAAACCCCAGAUGUUUGCUCCUGCACAUCUGGCUGGUUCCACCUCCACCCUUUCUACAGCCUCAGCACACAGGGAUGACGAGGAAGCGGAGGAGGAGGAGGAGGACAGUAAAUUCAUGAAAGAGCUGCAGGUGUUUCAGCAGAAAUGCACUGUGAGGGAUGUAGGGAGCAGAGGUGUGGCUGAACUCCAAGCCUCUGAUUUUCAGAACAGAGGGAUGGAGUCUAAGGUGACUACAGAACUGUCAAAUUAUAAUGAUUUGCCAGGUGGAAAUAAGCAAUGGAAAAAAGAGGUGAGGACAUCUGCAGAUCUAAAGAUUUCAGAGUUAGCACCAUCUGACCACCAGUCAGUUUCUCAGAUGGGAAUUACAGAUGGCUGCCCUCGUAAACUCAUAACAGCAGUUGGACUGGAAGGACACAUUGAAGUAAAGAAAGGCAAUGUCAAUCCUAAUAAGAAGAAGGAAACAGAGGAGAAUGUGCUGAAACAAUUGCCUUCCUCAAACUGUGCAAGAGUAGAGAAGGCGCUGGUACCCCCACCUGUCGCUUUACAAGAUCUUCAGACUGUCCAGAAGAAUAAGGAGGUACCAACACCAACCCAAAAGAAAGCAAAGAUGGAGGUUUUUGCAGUGACAACUUCACAAAAGCAAAAUGAUCUUACUGUGAAAAGUUCUGAUCAGAUUAACAAGGAGGUUGUUGGACAUGUGUGCUCCCCAACCGCAGCAGAAAAGAAGGUCAAGUUUACAACAAUUGUUACUCUUCAAAAAGAAAACAUUCAAGCUACUGACACAAGUCCUGAGCAGACAAAUGAAAACUCUGUCAAAGAGGUACCAGCUGAGAAGAAGUCAAACCUGAUGGUGGUUUUAACGCUACAAAAAGAAAACACCCCAGAGGAUUGCUUGAUAGACAUUGAGCAGGAUAGGUCUCUGAGCUCAGACCCGGAGUGUGUAGCUUCUUCUCCUGUCCUUAAACUUUUACCCCAGAACCCGGAGGCAACGGCGCAGCUAUCCAGGGACCAAUCACAAUACACAGAAGAAGGAGGUAGCCUGAGCCCCGAAAUUUGGGAAAAUGAGGGACCUCCUCCUCCACCACCUCCGGCUGGUAAAAUCAGCCUUAGAAUCUCCAGGAGUCCAAGAGUCUGGACACAGUCCAAAGAGGAAGACCUAGCCGAAAUGAGUCCCUCCGACGUACAGACCGCAGCUGGGGACAGCUCCGGUGAACCCAUUUAUCUGGCAUAUGAGAACCAGAGUUUCCAGGACAGUGGUGACUCUGAUAAGAAACCUAUUAUCAUUUUCCUGAAUGAGCCUAUGGACAUUCAGUCAGCCUACAAGCGUCUGUCUACCAUCUUUGAAUGUGAAGAAGACUUUAAUGGGAUUCUCUUUCCAGAAAAUAUUGUGGAGGAAAAGGAGACACUGCAGGAUGAAGAGAAACAGGACGUAAGAAAAAUGUGCAUCACCGCAUCAAAUAUGGACUUAGACCUGAAAGAUUUCACAGGAAAUGGUCAGAAUUCUCUACAUAUGCAACAUCAAAGAACUUCAGGGCAUAAUGGCUCCAUUUCUGCAAACCAAGACCAGGAUAAACCAGAACCGCCUGGAAAGCCAGAGACCAAAAAGAAAUUUAAAUUUAAGUUUCCCAAAGACAAACUGGCUGCAAUUAGCCAGGCCAUGCGGACAGGGACAAUCAAAACAGGAAAGAAGACUCUUCAGGUUGUUGUCUAUGAGGAAGAGGAGGAGAUAACGUCGGACAGAACGGCAGCUAAGACGACCAAGAAGAAGACAAAAGAAUCAAAGAGGUUUGAGACCAACAGUACCAAACAGUUGAACUUGGGUGAAGACAAUGCCUGUGACAGAGACAUCAAGGUCUCCUCUCCCAUUGACACCAGACACUCAAAGUCACGUAGCCAGAGGAAGGAGCUCUGCAAAACUACCCUCGACUCUAUUGACAGUCUGGAAGAGUCCAUUAAACAGUUGGAAAUCAGUGUGGGCACUAUGUCUGCCCCUUCCUCCCCGUCCUGCAGCAUUGUGUCUUCGCCUCCUCAGUCCCCCGAUUCUUCCAUUGACUCCUCUGCCAGAGCUCAGCUUAAAGACAAAGUCAAACGAGAAAGGGAGAGAAGCCCGUCCAAGAGGCCAGCCUCUCAGAUCCUCAAGGGCCCAAAUCCACCUCAGAGUAAGAGGGCCAAAGCACAGCCUCCACACGACACUGGGAAAACCUCCACCAAGAAACAGACCUCCAGCAGCAGCGCCAGCUCUUCUGCUCAGCGACUCCACACCAAGUCUCACUCCUCGCCCUCCUCUGGCUCACCAGAGAAGACAGCUAAGGGCCAGCAGCAGGCCACCCAGAAGCAGGCGGACAGCGGAAGCAGUAGAGCAGCCGGGGAUAUUAGCCAUUCGCUCGUUGCUUUGCGUGCCUCUAAGAUCCCAGCCUUGUGCCAUAGCUCUGGGAAACACCCGUCUGCCUCUCUGUCCACUCCUCACUGCUCAGACACCACCGAACUCUCCUCCUCCUCCUCCUCCUCCUCCUCCUCCUCUUCCUCCUCUGCUUCCUCCACCCCCUCUUCUGGGAAACACUCGCUUCUGUCUCCGUCCCGUCCCUCUUCUGCCUCCUCUGCCCAGCCUUCCAGGCAACAGGCUUCUCUGUGUCCCCUCUCCUCUUCCUCCACGGUGAAAAACACGUCAGACUCCCCGCCUCGCUCCCCCUCUCAGUCCUUGCCUUCCUUUUCUCUCCCCGCUCCUCCUCACAAAUCUUUUAUCCCGUCUCUGAAUCUGAGUCGUCUCCUCCCCUCAUCCAGCCACGUCUUGUCGCCAUCCCACGCUAGCGCCGGCCCGGCCCAGCGCGGGCCUCGCAGCAGCAGCAGCAGCAGCGGCAGCAGCAAACACCAGCACCACCUCACCCUCACCUCCACCGCCACCACCACCACUUCCAGCGCCGCCCUCGCCUCCCAACACAGCUACUACACUUCAUCCUCCUACUCUUCAUCCUCGCCAUCCUCGUCCUCCACCUCCUCCUCUCUGUCCCCGACCUCCUCUUCCUCCUCCCCUCCCUCCCCCUCCCCCUCCCCCUCCCCCUCCUCCGCCCUCCUCCCCGCCGUGGCGAGUCACAGGGCGGGGAGUGUCCGAAUGUCAGCGUCCAACCCCAGCUCUCCGGGCCGCGGCAAGAAAGGCGGCGGGAGACACGCUGGCCAAGUCCUUCGCACGGCGGCGGCCUCUAAGGACACAGCGUGAUCAUCUACCAUUCAGGCUUUCAAAAAAUAUGUAAGUGCAGCAUACACACGAUGACGAAAGACGCUAAAUUGCACUUUGUUCCUACAGCAAUAUUGUGUGAUGUUUACCUUUUGCCCUUUUUGGAUGGGUUGUGGACAAAGACAUGGCUUGUAAAACCUGGAAAAAAUGCAAGUCUGGCCUGAAAUCCUUUUGAAAUCCAAACCACACGAGUGCCGUACGACGUGCGUCUAUACAGCCACCCCCAGAGCCCGGCCGAUACAUGGCAUGGUUACGAAUAUUGGCCGUUUUUAGCUUAUAAAUAUUUCUUUAUCACCGCAUAUGUCAGUUGAUAAAUAACAAAGUGCAGCACAGGCAUACCAAAGAUAUAUUUAGGUCGUAUAAAACUAGCAUUGUUUAUUCUAGUUUUUUUUAUACAGAGAGAGUGAAGGAGAUGUCUGUAAGGCAAAGCAAUUUAUUCAUAUGGCACAGUUCAUACACAAAGGCAAUUACAAGUGCUUUACAUAAGCAUACACAUACAAAGCAAAUAGAACAUAACAUUUAACAAUCAUAAUAACAAAACAAAAACAAAACACACACUGUAUACUCCGACACAGACCUGGAGGAGAGCUAAGUUGUAACAAAGACAAAUAAAUACAUAUUAUUUU